AUGGAUUCUUCCUCUGUAAGAAAGCCAAACGUACGAAAGGGAAAGGUUGAGAUCAAGAAAGUGCAAGAAAAAAGCAAGCGAUAUGUGACCUUCUCAAAACGCAAACAAGGGCUUUUCAACAAAGUCACUGAGCUAUCUCUUCUUUGCCAAGCUGAAACUGCUUUGAUCAUCAAUUCUCAGAAAGGAAAUUUCUAUGCCUGCGGCUAUCCUGAUCCGGACUCUGUCAUCCACCGCUACCACAGCGGCAGCGAAGGAGGAGGGUAUCACAACCAUGCUGCUAAAAGGAGGUUCCAAGAGGGAGUUGAAACCUUAAGGCUAAAAUAUGAGACAACUGAAUUUAAGUUAAAAGAGGAGAAUAUGCAUCAAGAAGAGAUCACUGAGGCAAAAAAGAAUGGUUUGUUAUUCACUGAAUGGUGGGAUCGCUCCAUUGAGGAUAUGAGUUUUGAACAAGUUGAGGAAUUUAAGAAUUGCAUAGAAGAUUUGAAGAUGAAACUUGUUGCUGCAAGGGGAAAGAAGAAGAAGAAGAAGGUUGAUAAUUCACUUCCACCAUUACCAGUUGCAUCAUCACCGAUGCAAAGUUUAUCAGAUAUUUCUUUCUUGAACGAGGGUUUUGAUGGGUAUGGUGCAUGGAACUGUGGUGAUUUUAGCCAUUAUUAA